ACAGUCCAGGUGGCAGAUCGCACUGCGGCCGUAGGAUGGAGCAUCUCAUCUCCAGCAGCAACACAUGGCCAGCGGAGCUUGGAGCUGCUGCUGCUGCUGCUGCUGCUGUUGUUGCGCGCCACGGCUGCACUAGCCGCUGCUGAAGACACCACCCACCCUCUACAGCGGAGAGAGAGAGAGAGGAGACGACACCCUGCCGUCCACUCUCCUGGACCUCACAUAAACGGAUUUAUCUGUUAAAACUUCAUCCUCUUUUUUUUUCUUUUUUUUUUACACUUUAUCUACAGUUUUUUUUUUCUAAACCGCAAGAGUGCAGCACAAGUGGUGUUCAAUGCGCAACCAUGCUCAUCAUCUCCUCUCGCAGUGCGCUGCUGUCCGUCUACUACCCACAGAUUUUCCUCAUCCUCACCAGCGGAAGCUACCUGGCACUGUCCUCUGUGGUGGCCCUGGGUGCAAACAUUAUCUGCAACAAGAUACCGGGAUUGGCCCCCCGUCAGCGGGCACUCUGUCAGACUCGGCCCGACGCCAUCAUCGUCAUCGGUGAGGGCGCCCAGCUGGGAAUCAACGAGUGUCAGUACCAGUUUCGCUACGGCCGAUGGAACUGCUCGGCUCUGGGAGAGAGGACGGUCUUUGGACAAGAGCUGAGAGUAGGCAGCAGGGAGGCAGCAUUCACAUACGCCAUCACUGCAGCCGGUGUGGCACAUGCAGUGACCGCAGCCUGCAGUCAAGGCAACCUGAGCUACUGCGGCUGUGACCGCGAAAAGCAGGGCUACCACGACCAAGAGGAGGGCUGGAAGUGGGGAGGCUGCUCCGCCGACGUCAAGUACGGCGUGGAGUUCUCGCGGCGCUUCGUGGACGCCCGCGAGAUCAAGAAAAACGCCCGGCGGCUGAUGAACCUGCAUAACAAUGAGGCAGGACGAAAGAUCCUCGAGGAGAGGAUGAAGCUCGAGUGCAAGUGUCACGGUGUCUCCGGCUCAUGCACCACUAAGACCUGCUGGAUCACUCUGCCCAAGUUCAGAGAGAUCGGCUACCUGCUGAAGGAGCGCUACAGUGAAGCGGUUCAAGUGGAGCCCGUCCGGGCUUCUCGGCUCCGCCAGCCUUCCUUCCUGCGUCUCAAAGAGGCCCGGGGAUACCAGAAGCCCAUGGACACAGACCUGGUCUACCUGGAGCGCUCGCCCAACUACUGUGAGGAGGACACGGCUACAGGAAGCACAGGGACACGAGGCAGGCUGUGCAAUGGCACCUCCACCCACACGGACAGCUGUAACGUGAUGUGCUGUGGCCGGGGUUACAACACGCACCAUUACACGCGUGUCUGGCAGUGCAACUGCAAGUUCCACUGGUGCUGUUUUGUCAAGUGCAACACCUGCAGUGAGAAGUCCGAGGUUUUCACAUGCAAGUAGGGAACAAGCAAGUUGGACGGUAUGAACAGGAGGGGGAGGGGGAAACUGGCAGAACUGGACAGAAGGUACGAGGAUAUGAUAAAAGUGGACUUUUGAAGUAUUUAUUCAACAUUUUGCACAUUGUGACAGCCUAUUUGGAAAUCUUUAAAGAACAGAAAGUUGGCCGUGGAAUGGAACAAAAGAGUCUGGAGAGUUAUGAGGAAAAACAGUCACUCGGCAUCUCGGAAAAGCACGCUUGACGGUACGAAGCUGUGACGUGAAACAAGUUGCGGGUUGAAGGGAUUCGGAGCUCACACGUGACAGAGAUUCCGCACAAGAGGGCAAAACAGCGGCAGAAUACGGUUGGCUCACGCGAGGACUGGAUACAUGCUAAGUGGAGACAAAGUGCAUUGGACUGCCAUGAAAGACGAGAGGCUCCCGUUGAACGUUUGUCACUGUACACUCACACUGUAUUCUGUUUGAACACUGAAAAUAAAAAAAAAAAACAAAAACAAAAAUAUUUAUGUAAAAGUAUCAAAACUUUCAGUCUUAAAAGGACGGAGAGCAAAUUCAAUUCAAGGUCUAGGUCACAUUUUUUUACUUUCACAGCUUUCUUCUCUCAUCCACAUCAUCAGUGGUCCGUGAGGUAGUUUUUGCUACGUAUUAUUUUUCUUUUGCACUCACAUAGUCUUCCUGUUUUUUCAUUGGAUAUUACUA